AUGACGUUCGAAGGGACGGAAGAAGAGAAGCAGGCCGAGAUCUCCCGGCUCAAAGAGGAGCUAUCAUUCGGCAAGGCUCAAGUGUGCGCCAUGACGGACAAGGGCCAAGCGAAGGGCGGCGCGCAGAAAUUGAAGAAGCUCGAGGAGCAUCUCUCCGCGACCGUCUUUGCUCUCAAGGAGCUCGACGAGUCCUGGGUACCUGGGCGGUGGGUGGAGCAGCACAUCCACUGGGAGACCAAAAAGGAGCUCCCGGGUGAGGCUGGAAAGAGGGGCUCCAACAGUAAGGAGGCACGAUCCUCCGGGAACGACGAUGAAAACGAUCCAGAAGAGGAGGAGGACGAGGAAGACAAGGAGCGUGCCGACGCGGCCGCGGCCGAGGCGGCAGAAAGAGCGCGUCGGCGGGCGGACCUCGCGCAGAAAGCGCUCCAGGACGCGGAGGCGGCGGCGAGCGCGGGCCUGGGCGAGGCCAAGCGGCUGAAAAAGGAGGCCAAGGAGAGGGAAAAGGCGGAGAGGGCGGCGGCGGCGGCGGUGCGUGAUGCGGAGCGCAAGGCCCAGGUCGAGGCUCGGCGCGAGAGAAUUGCGCUCGCAAAGGCCGCCGCCGCCGCAGAGGCGAAGGCUGCGGCGGACGCCGCGGCGGCAGAGGCGGCGGCGCGGCUCGCGCGCGACGGGCCCGCGGCGGCGGCGACGCUUCAGCGCGUCUGGCGCGGGGCGGCGGCGCGGCUGGCGGCGGCGCGGCUGGCUGCGGCGCGCAAGGAGGCGGCUCGGCGCGAGGCGGCUCGUGUCGCUGCCGCGCGCGAAGAGGCGGCGCGAGAGCAACGGGCGAGGGAGGCGGCGGCGAGGGAGGCGGCGGCGGCGGAGGCGGCGGCGGCGGAGGCGGCGGAGGCGGCGGCGGCGGAGGCGAGGGCGGCGGCGGCGGCGGAGAUCGCGCGGAGGAAGGAGGAGGCUGCGUGUCGGCGCACCGUCUCCGUUCCGGCAUGCUCCGAGCGCGAGGCGGACGAGUGCGAGCGGUGGGCGAGCGGCAAGGGGUCCGCGGAGGAGGAGGAGAUCCACACGCUGCUGCGGCUGCGGCCCCGGAGGAGGGAAGCGGUGGAGGAGCUGCACUUGCUCACCGGCGCGCCGCGAGCCGCGUGCGUGGCUGCUCUGACUGCGAGCGGCGGGACGGCGCGCGGCGACGGCAGCCCGCCGCACGACUUUGAGGAGUGGCAGAAGGCGGCGGCGGCGGCCUGGGCUGGCGACGAGUCCGGAGCCGUGCUCGGCGGCCGGUUCGGGACCACGUUCCCCGCGCUCAACGCCAGGAUCAAGGCGAAGCACGGCGCGUUUGGGAAGUUCCUGACGCUGCACGCGCACCGUGUCCUGCCGCGCAGCGCCGCGCCCCCGGGUGCCGCCCCGCCCGACCCCGCCGCGUUCGCGCCUGGCGCGGACCCGGCCAAGGAGCCGGUUGCCAACCCGGUGCUCUCCAGCCCGGUGGUCUCCAGCGGAGCGGGCGGAAAGCACCGGGGAGGAGAGCCGAGGGGGGGCGAGGGAGAAGGGGUGCCGCUGCUGCGCCUCCUCCUCCAGUCGUACGGCGCGGACGCGCGCGGCUGGCCGCAGACCAGGGAGGCGCUGCAGGCCGUGUCCAGCUCGGGGGUGAGCAAGGCCCUCUACGCACUCUCGCAGCGCGGCACCGUCGUCGUCAAAGGUGUGCAGCCGCCGCUCCCCGACCCGCGCCACCACGCGCGUGCCGCCGGCGAGCUCGGGCUGGGGAAGGCGCGUCCGGAGGCGGCGGCGCGGGAGGCGGCGGCGCGGGAGGCGGCGGCGCGGGAGGCGGCGGCGAGGGAGGCGGCGGCGAGGGAGGCGGCGGCGAGGGAGGCGGCGGCGAGGGAGGCGGCGGCGAGGGAGGCGGCGGCGAGGGCGGCCGUCGCGGCGCGGGAGGCGCAGCUGCGGGAAGAGGCGGCGGCACGCGAGGCUGCCGAGGCGGCGGCGGCGGUGGCGCGCGCCGAGGCGAUGGCGAGGCUGGUCAAGGAGAGGCAGGCCACGGAGCUGCAGGCCCAGCUGGCUGCACAGGAGCCGCCGCCGCUGCCGCCGCCGCUGCCUCCGCCUCCGCCCUACUCGCCCUUCUCCGGCUCUCCCUUCUCCAGCGCCAGCCCGUACCCAGUCUCGCCGGCGCCGGCCCGCGCGCCUCCAGUCGCCCCGCCCCGCCCGGCCGCCGCCGCCCCGCCGGCCGGCCGGCCGCCCGCCGCCCCGGCCGCAGAGACGCUUCCGCAAAAGGUUGAGCGGAUCCGGGCGGCCCUCUCCCUCCCCCCGGGCGGCGGGCUGGUCAAGCUGGUGCGCGACGCCCACGCGGCCCUCGGCAUCGAGCCGACCGCUGGCUUGGUGCAGCAGGCGGACUUCCUCCUCGUCCAGAUCUUUGGAGAGGCGUGACGGAGGGGGGCAGGCUCCCCGCCUCCUUCCCUAGGGGCCCUCCGGGGCCCGCUUACAUGAAGAGUACCGCAGAACGCCCGCCACCCGACCCCCGACCGCGUGUCGGCGCUUGGCAUGUACGACUCACAAACGGUACAGUGACAUCCGGGAGGCGGCGGGCGGACUGGAGGAGUACGAUUACAAUUACGGUUCGGUGUGCAUGAGGGCUUUUCUGUCCGGGGGGUGGGGGUGGGGGGCGGGCUUUUGCCGGUUGGAGUCUGGAGACUCACAGAGGCUGGAGCGUCCGCUUGUGACGCCUUGU